AUGGUGCUCAGCAACUCUAACCAUGAGGUGGAAUGUACACCUGUACCAGGAAUGUGCCAGCGAUGGAAUGUACACCGCUACCAGGAUGAUGACGGAGAGCUCCCUCAGCAGAUGAUGCGGAUUCGUGUUACAGGUAAUCACGAUCCAGACCGUUUUCUAGGAACAGAACCCCCUCGUUUACUCUUGCUGGCAAGCAGUCAUCCUCUUCAUUCAGAUAAAAGAAAUGCAGGUCUGGUGAGAAACUGCACUGUGAGCCCUCCAUACCUACCUCCCACAGUGGUCAAUACUACAAGUCGUUUAAAUGAUCUCCGGAAUUUGAUGGAUGCACAAAACAUCAGUGUGUAUGUAAUUCCUGCCACUGACCCUCAUUUGAAUGAAUAUAUUGCCCCUCGAUAUGAAAGAAGAGCCUGGAUGACAGGAUUCACUGGAAGUGCAGGUACUGCAGUAGUCAGUAAGACAAAUGCUGCACUCUGGACAGAUGGACGUUAUUGGAUUCAAGCUGAACGUCAGAUGGACUGCAACUGGGAGCUCAACAGAGGGGAAACAUUGAUCGUAAAUUGGAUUCUGCAAGAAACAAGAGAAGGAGAUAUAGUCGCUGCUGAUCCCUUUUUGUUUUCAGUUGUGCAGUGGGAGAGUUACAACAAGGCUUUGGUUCAAGGCAAACGUCAAUUUGUUUCCAAAGAAUCCAACUUGGUGGAUAUCGUCUGGGGUGAGGAGCGUCCACCAAAACCGACAGAGGAUAUUUUCAAAGUACCUGUUAAGUUCGUGGGAAGAACGUGGCAAGAAAAGGUGAAAGAAAUCCGUGCACAAAUGAAAAAUAACCCUUAUAAGCCAACAGCACUGUUACUCUCGGCACUGGACGAAACUGCAUGGCUGUUCAACCUGCGAGGGAAUGAGAUUCCAUACAACCCUUUUUUCCAAACUUACACAUUGUUGACUGCAGAUUGGAUCAGACUGUUUGUGAAUGAAUCACGACUGCCUCCAAAUAUCAAAGAAGACUUGAAUACGCGUUGUACCACAGCUGAAUGUGUUCAAUUGAAGCCCUAUGAGGAUAUUCAACAAAAUGUGGAAGAAUAUGCUAAAGGGGAUGUUACCAUCUGGAUCGGUCAAGGAUACACAACCUACGGUGUUUAUAAGGUCAUUCCCGAGUCAAAAUUACUCAUUGACAGGUACUCUCCAGUUCAAAUUACCAAGGCUACUAAGGAUGCCGUAGAGCAGAAAGGAAUGAAAGCAGCCCAUGUGCGUGAUGCAGUCGCUCUCAUAUGUUACCUCGUAUGGCUGGAAAAAAAUGUUCCAAAAGGAACAGAGACUGAACUGUCAGGUGCACUUUAUUUAAACGAGUUACGCAGUAAACAGAAUUAUUCAAAAGGACCCAGCUUCGAGACCAUCUCAGCCAGUGGGUUGAAUGCAGCUCUUGCACACUACAGCCCCAAUGAAGAAACCAAAAGGAAGCUGACACCUGAUGAAAUGUAUUUGGUUGACUCUGGAGGCCAGUACCUAGAUGGUACAACUGAUAUUACCCGUACAGUUCACUGGGGAACGCCAACUGAUUUUCAAAAGGAAGCUUACACUCGGGUACUGAUGGGACAGAUUGACCUGGCUCGAUCUAUCUUCCCUGCAACAACAACUGGGGAUUCACUUGAUGUAUGGGCUCGACAUGCAUUGUGGGAAGUAGGACUGAACUACAAGCAUGGAACUGGACACGGAAUCGGCAUCUUCCUCUGUGUUCAUGAAUGGCCAGUUGGCAUUGGGAGCGGUCAAACAUGGACACUUGAGGAGGGAAUGUUUACAUCUAUUGAGCCUGGUUAUUAUCAAGAUAAUGAAUUUGGAAUUCGGAUUGAAGAUAUUGUCAUGGUAGUAAAGGCAGACACUAAGUAUAUGUUUGGAGGAAACCCCUACCUGACCUUUGAGCAUGUGUCACUUGUUCCUUAUGAAAGAAAACUGAUUGACCUUUCUAUCAUGAAUGAGCAGCAGAUUGAGUGGCUUAACAAUUACUAUGACAAGAUCUGGAAGAUAGUGUCUCCUGAACUAAAAGCACAAAACUUAAUAGAAGAGUAUAAUUGGCUUCAGAAACACACACAACCAUUUUCACACAGUGCUAUUGUGACAUCAUCAUUGCCUCUUCUGGUUGGAGUCCUGAUGGGAAACCAAAUGUUGCAGGGAAAUCUUCAAUAA